UCUUCCGCGGUUUCUUGGCCCACUGCCGUCUCUCCUCUCCGCUGUUCCGCCGAAGGGAUAAAAAUCCUUUUGUGGGGCUCCUCACGGCCCUUCGAGGCGCUUCGUAAAUAACCGGAAGCCAAAACCUAACUGGGAACGGCAGAGCACUACCCUCUCUCUCGCUCUCUCAAACUCUGCCAUGUUAAUCUUGUUCUGAAGACCUCUAUAGCGAGAGAGGGGCUAGGGUUAUACCCUCUUCUUCAGCCAGCCAUGUUCGAAGGAGUUGUCAGCCAGGUGCUCGCCGGCUAUCUCGGCCGCUACGUGAAAGGCAUCCAAAAAGAUCAGCUCAAAAUCGGCAUCUGGAACGAACAAAUAUUAUUGGAGAAAGUAGAGCUAAUACUUGAAGCCUUUGACUAUCUGCAGCUGCCUUUUGCGCUGAAGAAUGGACAAAUCGGGAAGUUGAGCAUCAAAAUUCCUUGGAAAAAGCUGGGAUGGGACCCUAUUAUAGUUGUGUUGGAAGAUGUCUACAUAUGUGCCUGCCAGCGAGAUGAUAAUGAGUGGACUUCAGAUUCAGUGGGAAAAAGGGAGUUAGCUGGCAAAAUGGCAAAACUUAAUGCAGUAGAAUUGGGAAAAUUUUCAAAGCGAGUAUGCGACAAUCAGGCUGGCCAGUCAUUUAUUUCGUAUAUUUCUGCAAAGAUUCUUGACAGCAUCCAAGUUUCAAUACAGAAUGUUCAUAUUGUAUACAUUGAUUCUCAUAAUAAUCAGGAAAAUUUUAUAUUUGGCUUAAGAUUUUCGAGUCUUACAGUAAUGACAGAUACAUGGAAGCAGAGUUUUACUGGGUCCUCAAUGGGGAAAUCAAGAGGCGGCCAAGUUGACAAGACUGUUGAAAUAUCAAAUGUCAUACUUUACUGUAACUUGUUAGAGGAAACCCAAAACUUGCCUGGUAUUAAUGAUCCUACUGACCCGCAGCUAUGCGGUAUUUUGAAGUUUGAGUCCGAGAGAUGUGAUUAUAUAAUACAUCCAUUUGAGGUUAAAGUUUUUCUGCAGGCAAACAAAUCUGGAAAGCUUGAUGGUGUGCCUCAAUAUGAUGUUACUGCAGAGCUAUCUACCUUGGCUGUCUUGUUGAAUGAGGUUCAGUUGCAACAGAUUUUAAAUCUCUGGGAUUACUUCUCCAUCUGUGCUCUCAGAAAAAUAUAUGGACGAUACCGUCCCUCUCAGAGCUUGUUAUCAAGGAAGCAUAAAGGAUGGCAGAAAAUGUUGUGGCACUACGCACAAGAAUCUGUUUUAGCAGAUGUUCGUCAAAGAUUAAGGAAGACUUCUUGGAGUUAUCUUGGUAGACGAAUAAACUACCGCCGGAAAUACGUCAAUCUGUACAAAAGAAAGCUGGAAUUACUCCAACAAGAGCAGCUUGUCGGUGAAGAUAUUUUACAAGAGCUAGAAAAGAUGGAUAAAGAGUGUGAUAUUGAUGAUAUCCUGAGCUACAGGUCUAUGGCAGAGCAGCAAUUGCAGGAUUUUUUAUUGAAGUCAAAGUCUCGUAUUAUAGCUACAGGUGAUUCUAAAUCUGCUGAUGAGAAGUACCAAAAUGGUGAACAAUCUUCAAGUAGAGCAUGUGGAUGGUUAAAUUGGUUGUCCCUUGGCAUGCUUGGAGCUGGUGGAACCGCUGAGACCAGUUCAUUUGCUGGCGUUGUUUCAGAUGAAAUUAUCAAGGAUAUUUAUGAGGCAACUGAGUUUCAUCCGGUGGCUGCUUCUAAUGGGCAUCUUCCAAUUAAGGAUAAAUUUUGUUCAUCUUCCAUCAAACUCAACAUUAGCCAAAUUAUCGCUUCAAUCAGCAUAAAGGCAUAUGAUAGGAAUAUUGUUAAAGCAAUAUUCAGUGGAACCAGUGUUGAUUGUGAAUUUUGGGAAGAAUCAGCUGCCAUUCUUGCAUCGAUAAAUUCUUUAGAGAUUGUUAACCCAUGCAACGAGGAGAUCCUGCUAAUGGCUAAAAAGACUAUCCUUCCAGAGAUAUCAACAGAGCACACACUGCCCUUUGUUAAUGUGCAAAUUAACAUGCCACAUUCCAACCAAAACUUUGCAGUUUCAAUAAAGGCUGUGAUCCAACCGUUUGAAGCUACUUACGAAUCAGAAUUCUUUCUUUACCUGGUGCAUUUUUAUCAUGUUAUAACUUCCUUUGACUUCCAGCACAAUAGGGUAUUGUCUUCUCUUAAUGGCUUCAAAAAUUUUAAGGCUAGAUUGCUGUCAAAAGCUAACUACUCUGCUUAUAACCAGAAGAAGUUGUUCUGGGAUGUUACUUUCCACAACAUUAUCCUAAAAUUUCCAUUGAAGAAUGAAGAUUUAGAAUUCCUUGUUAUGGUUUGGGAAUUAGAUGCAUUAUUCUUUAGAUCCAGGUUGCAGACUGAUAAUGGUUCUUCAUUAUUGGAUUAUAUGUCGAAAUUCUGUGUGGUAGAAUUUGCAGAUGAUACGCCACGAAACUUUCAAGUUGAAGACUUCUAUGAUAGUUUUGAGUUUGGACUGACUGGUUUUGAGAUCUACGAGUUGAUGCCUAAUAUUUCCAAAGUUUCUAUUAUUGAAAAAUUUAAUGCUUCUGUUAUAUUGUGGCUUUGCAUUUUCUCAGAUGAACCAUUGCUGAAACAGUUUGAGGCUGAAUGCACCAUACCAUCAAUUGGUAUGCACUUCUCCCAGGCAAUUUAUAGUACUCUUGUUGGAGCAAAUGAAUUGCUCUUAGAAAGAAAAUUUACAGUGGCAAGGGAUGUUCCACAUACUGCUGAGAUUGAUAAUCCAGAUGAUCCCUAUUUUCUUCAGUUCUCUGUGACUGUCAAGUUGGACAAGUUGAAUUUCCAUGUUGACCUUGAAGAUGAUGCAGGCAGUAGUUCGAUUGUCUCGAUUAUUGGAGGUGAUAUAGACAUCAGGUUUGCUCUACAAGAGUCUAUCGAAUUUUGGAUCCUUAUGAAGAUGUUGAAAGCUGAUACCUUUAACAUAAAGAAUGAAUCUGACACAAAUGCAUUAUUUUCUUCAAGAAAUGUUUCUGGUAGCAAACUGCAAGGAGAUGCAUGGAGUGACACUUCUGCAAAGGGUUGCUUGCAGUUGCAUUAUCAAACUAGACGAGAUGAAUGCAUAGUUCACCAUGAAUGCAGUCUGUGUGUCAAUGAUAUAGAUCUUCAUAUCAGUCCUAGAAUUACUGGUUUGUUGCACAAGUUUUUUGAAAGACUUAAUUUGCAAUCUUCUUCUGCUAGUGAUAUUGAGAGAUCCUUUAGACAGAACCAAAAACAUAACAAUAUUAACAUGGUCGAAGUUGAGCUUUCUAAGUUUGGCUUCUCUAACUAUUAUGAUACUGAACGAUCUGCUGGCAUUCCUAUGGACCAAUUUCCUUUUGUAUCUCUCAGAAGUUCAAGCUUCCUAAACAGCAUUGAAGGAUCACUCAUGCAUGAUAUAUCUGAGUUGAGGUGUUUGUAUGUGAAGGAAAGAGAAUCUCCCAGAGGACUAAAAUUAAAUGUCAGGAAGAGGUCAAUCAUGAAAGUAAGAAGUAGUAACACUGCUAUUUCUUCUGAGAAUUGUCACUAUGAUAAUUUAAUUAUUCUGGAUUGGAGUCUAAAUGGAGUUCGAGCACACUUUCAUGAUUCUUCCUGCAUCUUAGGAACAGUUACCGUGCCUGCAUCUGUAUCUUCCUUAACAUUUCAAGGCACUGACUACUGGGAGUUACUAGUUUCUAUUCAGGGGUUAAUACUUUCAUCAUCUUGGUCUUCCAUUAGCAACCAUGAGCUACUUUGGGGGCCAUCUUCGCCAAGUAGUACUCCUGUACUGAAUAUUCGAGCAAGAAGAGAAAAAAGGGACAUAUUGCUUCCCUCGAUUGAAAUUAGUUUUGGUAUUCAGCAUGUUUGCUGCGUAUUACCAUCUGAAUUUCUGGCUUUAGUGAUUGGUUACUUUUCUUUGCCUGAAUGGACUGCUAAAGGAAAUGAGCAUUGCACUACUGGAAGUGAGGACUUAGAAAAUGCUCAAAGUGCACAUACCAAUCUCAUAUACAAAUUUGAGAUACUUGAUUCCACUCUGAUCUUACCUUUGGAAAGCCAUAGUGAUUACUGUCUACAACUUGGAUUUCCACAGUUAAUCAGCAGUUUCAUUCCGAUGAGGAAUUCAGCAGAUGCUGCUCGGGACAUUCCUUUUGAUUGCAUGAUUCUGGAUUGUACAGUUGUUGACAAAACUGAUGUCAUCAAUAUAUUUGGAAGAAGUGCAUAUUUAUCUCUGGUAUUGCUCGAGAAUCAUACAAAUUUCCCAUUAAAGAUUGAUGAAUAUACAUCCAAGAGAAAUAUCCCUCUUAUUGCACAGUUGGAUGCUGAUAUGUGGAUUUGGAUGCCUUGUAAAACAAAGUAUUCUUCCCAAAAAUUUGCUUUGCCCACUCUGAUCAUGAUGAGAGCAGGCCUUUGUAAGUUGAUUGCUGAAGAUGACAACUUUUUAUGUGGACUUAAAGCAGCCACUGGUGUUUUUGAUCAGUUUUCAUCCGUUGGCAAAGAAUCUGAAAUGUACAAUUUUGAUGUCUUGCAGUUUUUGAAACUCAAGAAAUCUCUUAAAGAGGAUGAUGCUGUUUUUCUUGACAUUUCAAAUGAAUCAAUUGUUAACAUGAAAUUUUGUGUUAAGGCACUGUCAGUAUUGUUCUCGUGCUUGAAGAUAGAAGAUCCUAGUUCCUCAGAGAUCAUUGCAAAAACAGACAUGCAACUUAAUUUAUCUGCCAUAUUUAGAAAUGACAUUCCACAUUGUAUUGAUGUUGAUAUCCCAUGUCUAGUUCUUCAUUCUGUCCGCAGCUAUGUUCCAUUAGUAUCAUUUGUCUCUGACAGUUCUAAUUCUUCGAAUCUUUGCAUCAGUUUCUCUAGUUCUGGCGGGGGAGAAGCGGCACUUGUGGUUGCUGUACCUUCUCUUGAUAUUUGGUUAGAUUUGUCAGAUUGGAGUACUAUCAUUGAUCUUUUCUGUUCUUAUACAAGGCACUCUGGCAGUACAUCAUGGUCAUCUGAUGCAAAUAGGCAAUCUGAAUCUCAUAUACUUCCAGACCCUUUUGUUUCACCUGGCUCUGCAUCUAAACGAAGCAUGCAAGAGGAUGUUAAUUUGACUAUCAGGUCUGAGAAUAUUACAAUUGCACUGUAUUUACCUAUCUGGGACAACGAGGAAGACUUUGUAAAAUCUGAAAGGAAUCGAGUACAGGGACUUUGUCUUCGGGAGUUCUCAUGCCAUAAAUUGGCAGAGAGUGUACUGUCGUCUAAAUCAAACCACUGCAAGCAUGUAAAACUUACAUUUCAGAGUAAAAAUUCUGAAUUGGCCUUAGGUAAGAGCUAUGUGAUGUUGACAUGUAAUUUGGAAAAGGUGAAGGUGAUGCUGGAGAUAGUUCAAAACCAUAAAGCUAUUUCCAUUCCAUUUAUACAUAUACCCCAGGUUAAAGUUGGGGCUAGUUUAUCUGGAAAGCAUAAAGAAUCACUGCAGACCUUUAUUGAAGUUCAAGUUGAAUCCUUAGAUGUGGGAUUUUCACAUCAAAUUUUCAAUUUCUGGAGUUGCAGUCAUUUUAAAAUUCCUGAAACAACAUCUUCCCGUAUUUCGCACCAUUAUGUUGCUUUUAAACUAUGCUUAUGGAAGGGCUCUCUGCUGUUAAGUGAUGGAAGGUGCUGUCAUGGACCAAUCCUAGAGACUUUGAUGAAGAACAUACUAGUUGAAUUCACAAGAACAGAAGAUGUCUUGGAAGGUUUAGCUGAUGCAGAUCUCUUAGUUAACUACAAUAACAUCGACAAGGUUAUGUGGGAACCUUUUAUAGAGCCAUGGAGCUUUCAAGUAAAAUUAAUAAGAAAACAUGCAGGGCAUGCCCUCCUGGAUGCAUCUACAACUACAGAUGUAUAUCUGAAAUCAACAGAUCAGCUUAAUUUGAACAUAACAGAACCUCUGAUUGAGGCCAUUUUCAGAUUAAAUCAAAUGAUCAAGAAUGCUUUGAAUCAGAAUGAACCAGAUGAGUUUCAAGGAAAUCAGGAAAUCAAUGGAUUUAAAAACACUGAUGAAAUACAUACCAGAAGAUAUGCCCCUUACAUUCUCUGCAAUGAUACGUCCUUGCCAUUAACAUUCGAGUUGUUCCGAGGUCCUGUUAAUGCAGGAAAUGCUGGAGGCUUCUCAAAUAAAGACAGAAAUACUGUUCAACCAGGUUUUUCACUUCCAAUUUAUGUUGAACCAACUCUUGAUGAACAUUUUUUUCAACAUAGGACUUAUUCCUCCGAAAGACUUAUCGAAAAAAAGAUGAGUGCUGUGGCACAUCAUAUGAUCUCCAUUCAAUUUGAUGGAACUUCUGGUCCUUCCAAACCAAUGUCGAUGGACCUUGUGGGCAUUAGCUACUUCGAGGUAAAUUUCUCUAAAAGUAAGCAGCCUGCAUUUACAGAAGUAGACAGAGAUAGUGAUAUCCCAGAACAUGGUCGAAAAAAUGACGAACGAUAUAGAAGUGAUCAGAACAAUGGAUUAGUUGUUCCUGUGGUCUUUGAGGUUUCUAUGCAGCAUUAUAGCAAGAUGAUACGAUUGUAUUCCACUGUUGUACUUUUCAAUGCAACAUCAGUGCCCCUAGAGCUACGAUUUGAUAUCCCAUUUGGUGUUUCCUCAGAGAUCCUUGGACCGAUACUUCCAGGCCAAGAGAUUCCAUUGCCACUGCAUUUGGCUGAGGCAGGUCAUAUUAGGUGGCAUCCAGUUGGCAUUCCUUAUUUGUGGAGUGAAGCACAUUCACUAUCAAAUAUACUUUCACAGGAAAAUAGGCUUGGGUUCAUGAGAUCAUUUGUGUGCUAUCCUUCACAUCCUAGCAGUGAUCCAUUUCGUUGUUGCAUUUCAAUUCAAGAUUAUAGCUUGUCUCCAUCGGGUGCUGCAAGAAAAUGCUCGUCACUUAAUGUUCGUGGGACUGAGCAACCAACUGUAAAAGAUAAUGGUCAAAGAGUAUUUGAGUCAAAUUUUACAAAGAAACGUUUUAUACGCCGUGUGAGGUUGACAACUCCUUUGUUGGUGAAAAGCUAUCUUCCCACAUGCUUAUCAUUGACGGUGGAUAGCGGUGGAAAUACACAUUCCAUUUCCCUUUCAGAGGUAGAUACUGCUUCUGUUUUCCUUGUUGAUUCAGCACAUGAUCUGGGAAUCACAUUUUCUAUACUAGGAUUCAGGCCUAUCAGCUCCAAAUUUCCUCGUGCAGAGUCAUUUUCUGCUAUGACCAAGUUAAAUGGCUCCAAAUUCUGUGUGUCUGAGACUCUGACCUUCUAUUCUAAUAAUACUUGUAGCGGUCCUACAUCUGUGACACUAGACAAGUCUAUGGAUGCAUUCUGUGGUGCACGGGAGAUGUGCCUAUCUGUUCCAUAUUUGCUGUAUAAUUGCACGGGUUUGUUGCUUACAGUUGUAGAUAGUAUCCAUGAAAGAAAUGGAGGUGCCUCUGUUAUUCCUUCAAAUUACCAUGUGGUUGGGCAUAGACAACUUUCAUCUGAGGAGCAUGGCCUUGCCCUUCUAUCUUCUGAGAUGGAAUCAUCUUCUGCUCGUGUGGAUAUUAAUAAAUCUGUAGACUCAUCAAAAAACUUUGCUAUAUCUGCACAAGAGAAUUACAAGAUGCACUCAUAUAGGCCUUUAAACAGUCAUUUCCCAUCUAAACUUUCUUAUGGGAAUUCUACAGAUGCUACAGGAGCUUCUCACUACAGUUUGACUGACAAUGGAAUUUAUUCAUCAAGAAAGAUUGAAGAUGGUGCUGCCUAUGUGCAAAAUGUAGAGAACAGAAGGGCAAAGGCAUAUAUGUAUGCUCCUUGUGGUCAUAUUCCUGCUACUGAACUUUCAGUUAAAUUGAGUGCAUCUUUACCUCAGAGCAAACCUGAAAAUAGCAAUAGACCAGUUUGGUCAAAUUCAUUCCCUCUUGUCCCAGCAAGUGGUUCAACUAAUGUGACUAUCCCUCGACCAGAUGCCUCUGGUGCGUUCCUAAUUUCUUCUAUAUCAAUACCAGUUGCUGGAGAACUAUCAGGGAGGACGAGGGCUAUUACUUUCCAACCAAGAUAUAUUAUUUGUAAUGCAUGCAACAAGGAUUUGUACUAUAGACAGAAAGGAACUAAAAUGCUUCAUCAUUUGGGUGUUGGACAACAUUCUCAUCUUCACUGGUCUGACACAACAAGUUGUUGCAGAGAAUUGCUUGUUUCCAUUCGGUUUGGUGAACCUGGAUGGCAAUGGUCAGGCAGCUUCCUUCCUGAUUGCCUUGGAGAUGCUCAAGUGAAAAUGCGAAAUUAUGUUUCUGGUGCAUCAAACAUGGUUCGAGUUGAAGUACAAAAUGCUGAUUUGGCCAUCAGUGAUGAAAAUCUCAUCAAGAACUCUAAUAGAAAUAAUGGGACCCAGCUGAUUCUUUUAUCUGAUGACAAGACUGGCUUUAUGCCAUACAGGAUAGACAAUUUCUCGAUGGAGAGGUUACGAAUCUAUCAACAAAGGUGCGAAUCCUUUGAAACCAUUGUGCAUUCUUAUACAUCUUGCCAAUAUGCUUGGGAUGAACCAUGCUUCUCUCAUCGUCUUGUUGUUGAGGUGCCUGGAGAGCGAAUUUUGGGAACAUAUAGUCUUGAUGAUGUAAAAGAAUAUGUGCCUGUGUACUUACCUCCAACAUCCGAGAAACCAGAAAGAAGACUUUAUAUCUCUGUACAUGCUGAAGGAGCAAUUAAGGUUCUCAGUAUUGUCGAUUCAGGUUAUCAUAUCGUGAAAGAUAUGAAAGAGACUAGCUUUUUUGGAUUUAAAGAAAAAAAGAACGUUGAUCAAAAACAGGAUUGUUAUUCUAAUUUCACUGAAAUGGUUACAUUACAUCUGCCAUUUCUUGGGAUCUCCUUAAUCAACUCUUCUCCACAGGAAUUGGUUUUUGCAUGCGUAAAGGAAAUCACAGUUGUUUUAAUGCAAAGUUUGGAUCAGCAGAAGAUUUCAUUCAAAAUCUUAUCCCUGCAAAUUGAUAAUCAGUUGCCUGAUACUCCAUAUCCUAUUAUGCUAUCUUUUGAUAAUGAACAUAGAGGGCGAUCAAUGAAUUUCUUGAAAAACAAAGAAAAUAGGUUAAGGUUCCAGCAUGAGAAUAUCAGUGCUUCUUCAUUUGACAGUUCCCUUGAACCAAUCUUUUACUUAGCUGCAGCCAAGUGGAGGAAUACAGAUACAUCAUUGGUGUCCUUUCAAUAUAUAAAUUUAGGUUUGGCCCCUCUUUGUAUCGAGCUUGAAGAGCAAGUUCUCUUGAGUUUGUUCGAAUAUUUUAGAACUGUGUCUUCUAGAUUGCAGGGCAGAAGCUUACAGAAAAGUUUUGAACUGCGGACUUUAGACUAUGGUAUAGAUGUUCUAAUAGAGAGCCCAGUUCUUGAUUACAAGUGUAGAAAUUCUGAAUUUGUGGAAAUCCCGAAAAAGAGUGGACUAUUACCCUCUGUUGUUCCAAUUGGAGCUCCAUGGCAGCAGAUUUAUCUUUUAGCAAGAAGCAAGAAGAUGUAUGUGGAAGUGUUUGAAUUGGGUCCCAUUGUGCUGUCUUUAAGUUUUUCAAGCACUCCAUGGAUGGUUAAGAAUGAAGUUCGUGGAGAUUUGGAACCUUUUAUUCACAUCACCAGUACUAUGUUUCAGAGAGGUUUGAUGGCCCUUGUUGAUGUUGAAGGAGUACCUGUUCAUCUUAAACAACUAAUACUAGGACAUCUUAUGGCUAGCUGGGAAUCAAUCCAAGAGAUCCUUAUUAGACACUAUACGAGGCAGUUGCUUCAUGAAAUGUAUAAGGUUUUUGGUUCUGCUGGUGUUAUAGGAAAUCCUAUUGGCUUUGCAAGGAAUGUUGGGCUUGGUAUCAGGGACUUUCUAUCUGUUUCUGGCAAGGAAAUUUUACAGAGCCCUGGUGGACUAUUAACUGGUAUAGCACAUGGUUCAAAGAGUCUUCUUAGUAGCACAGUCUAUGCCAUAAGCAGUGCUACUACUCAGUUCAGUAAAGCUGCUCAUAAGGGUAUUGUUGCUUUUACAUUUGAUGAACAGGCUGUGUUUGAAAUGGAUGAACAGCAGAAGCAUCCAGAUUCACACGGAAAAGGCGUUUUAAAUGAAUUUUUAGAGGGUCUUACAGGAUUACUUCAAUCCCCAAUCAGAGGUGCUGAAAGGCAUGGCCUCCCUGGAGUUCUUUCAGGAAUAGCAAUGGGAACUGCUGGACUGGUGGCAAGGCCAAUGGCUAGCAUUCUUGAAGCCACAGGCAAAACAGCACAAAGCAUCAGAAAUCGUAGCAGCCCCCACCAAUCCAGCCGCUUCCGCAUCCGGUUCCCAAGGCCUUUAGCUAGAGAACUUCCCUUGUCGCCAUACUCAUGGGAGGAAGCAAUUGGGGUGUCAAUGCUUCUACAAGCGGAUGGCUCCAGACUAAAGGACGAGAUAUUUGUUAUGUGCAAAAUGCUCAAACAUGCAGGGAAGUUUGCUAUUAUCAGUGAGAGGCUUGUUUUGGUUGUUUGGUGCUCUUGUUUAGUGAGCUUGCGCUUGCCAGACUUUUCUGGUGUUCCUCCUGAUCCAGGGUGGGUUAUAGAAACAGAAAUGGCUCUGGAGAGCAUUGUCCACAUAGAUAGGACAGAGGAGAUGGUGAAUAUUGUUGGAAGCAAAGCGGAAACACUAUCCAAGCAGAAAAAGCGUAGCAUGAGGAAUAGACCUUGGGUUCCCCCUACAUCAGCGCCUCUUUUUCAUUUGAGUGUUGAAUUACCAAACAAGGAAGAAGCUGAGGAUACUCUGCAGGUUUUGUUGUCUGCAAUUGAGCAAGGGAAGUUGCGAAGGUGGGGGGUGCACAUGCUUCACCGAAACAAUCUCAGAUGAAAAGUAAAAUGAAUGACAUCUUGUUUCGUCUAAGAAUUGAAUUUUACACCUUAAUGCCUGACCAACCAAUGAGCGCAUUGUACCUUUUCUACAUCAAACAUUGGUGGAUAGCAAGUCUGUUGGGUAGAUUGCAUGAUAUGCCAACUGUACAUAGUUAGAAGUGGCGGAAGAACAUUAAGGAUUGUGUACAAAUGAAAAUGCAAUUCAUAGCCCUUAUUGUACAGUAUGUAAAGCAUUUAAAGAACUUUUUAGCAUAAGGAUAUAUAACAAUGUGGCUAAUGUAACUACUUGUGAGGGAAAAUUAAUGCUACUUAGUAGGUGGCAGUUUUUUGUUGUAAUACCAAUUGCUCAAUAAAAUAAAAUGGGUAGCCUGUGAACUAGCAUGAUGUCA